AUGCCCACUAACACACAGAAACACCUGCAUCUGUGGCUCCUUAUCAUAAAAAUCUCCCUUCCUCCUUCAGGUUCACAGCCAGUAAAGGGCUCAGCAGGGAAGAGUGACCCCGACACUAAAGGGAGAGAGAAAUUCACUGCCGCCGCCAUCCAAUCAGAGGACAGGAGGAAGCGCCUCCUGAGGUCCGACCCAGAGGGUGCUCCACCCGAAACCCGCCGCAGACUGGAGGAACUCCGUCACGUAGAAGAGAGCGUGUCUGCCUCCUCUGACCUGGCGAGUGAUAGCGAGGGGGAGGAAGAGGAAGAAACAGAGUGGGAGCAGGGGGGAGACAGUGACAGACUGAAACAGGAAGACGGUGGGGUUGGAGGCAAACAGAACAGGGGGGGAGACACCCCGACCAGAGGGGAGAGAGGAGGGAGGGCGCACAACGGCCGGGCUGUGAUUCAACAGCUGAAGAGUGUAGUGACCCCGUCUCCUCUGACUGGCAACCCCAGCAUCAAGACUGAGCAUGACUCCCUCACCACCGGGGGUCGCUGGGGGUCACACACACAAACCUCCACCUCUCACCCCACCCAGCACCAACCCUCACAUGCCCACACACCCUCCAGCAGUCUCAACGGCGACAGCCCCACCACCCCGAUCCCUGACUCCUCUUCCAGCAGCGAAGCCCCUCCUAAAGGUUUGUUCACUCCGCCAUCCCCUGCUUUGUCCCCCGCCAUGUCUGUGUCCUCUCCGCUGCCCCGCGAGGAGAGGGCUGUGUCGGGUGUGGUCAGUCGAGGAGGCGGCUGCCCAGGUAGCAGUCCUGACUUUGAGCUACUGCAGAGACUGGCUGCAGGUGGUGCUGCGGGGCGGGUCCUCUUUCACCCCCUUGCCCUCAGCCCACAGGGUCCUCAGAGCCUCUACGCCCCCAGCACCAUCCGCUACGCUCCACCUGAGCUGCCUCCAUCCCACCACCACAGCGCGGGACACAGUGAUGGCCUGCAGCUACGCUCAGACCACCACAAGGGACCCCCGCCAGCCUUCUUCCCCCACCUGCAGCGGCUGGCCGGGCUGCCACCCUUCAGUGGUUUCUCCCCGUCUGACAGCCCUUUCUCCUCCGGCCUGCCCUUCUGUAUGAAUGGACUGAGGGGGGCCGCAGGCUCGGAGGAGGACUGAGAGAGUCAGAGGGGAGGAGGCGAGAGGGGAAGAUGAAAAUGAAGGAUGGAGCGGGUGACAGAACAGAAAGAGAGACAUUGAAAAGGGCAGGACGGACAGAAGUGGCAGGACAUUACGCCUCUAAGGACAUUACUAAUUGGACAAUGAGUUGAAUAACUGAGAUCUAAAGUAUGUGACGAGUCGCUGCCGUAGGGAAUCGUUGUCUGCCUGUUGUGGACGAGUGACACUGAUUCUCUAAGAAAACGGGACGUGGAAACUUUUGACUGCUCGUCCCUCAAGACGUUCCCUCUCUUCAACAAUAAUGAACUCUGCUCUGUGUCUUUCUCUCGACGACUGUGUUGAUUUUCUGUGUCUCUUCCACUCAGAGAAGCCAUAUUGUAUAUAGAGACGAAACCAUAAAGACCCUCAGCUUACACCCACCUCACUGUCACCCUGAUUAACCCAAUUAACAGAAGACGGUAGAAAGAGACGGACACUCGUCUGUAGGAACAAAAGGGACUUUUGAAUAUAAAUUUUUAUUAUUGCAGUAUCAUACAAAUCACCUCUGACGCUGAGAUCCAGGUGAGAAUG